GCUAGUAGCUGGUGCUAACACGGUGGGGCGCCGAGAUUUUGGCGCGAGUGAAAGUGUGGUGGUGUGGCCGAAGACCCCGCACUGCGGCUGCGCCGCCGCGGCCGUCAGUACGCGAAUAAUGCCAGCCACUCGCCUUCACCGACUUCGCCAGUGAUCCUCGAGAUGCCGUGCAAAUAAAUGGUUGCGUAUUUUGUUCUCCGCCGUUUCUUACCCCGGACCCGCGACAAUGUACCCAUGGACAACAGUGGCUUUUGUUUUUGUGUUUGUUUGUUCCGGGGCUGCGAGGGAGAUAAGCUCGCCGGAUAUCGCUGCGCUUGAUAACCAUGUGUCAUCAGGUAACAGAAGCCAGCGGUUUCUCUUCGAUGCCAUCUUCGGACUGGAGGUGCCACUCCUGGAUGAACAGAGCGUGGAGGAGGAAGACGAUGACUCCCAGGUCAAGAACUGCUCAUGUGAGUGCGGCAGAGCAAAUCCUCUUCCUAGGAAGAUAGAGUGCGGCGGAUCGAACCAGGAAAACCGCAUCGUGGGCGGCGUGCCGGCAGGGGCCAAUCGUUACCCGUGGAUGGCCAGGAUCGUCUACGAUGGACAGUUCCAUUGUGGAGCGUCGCUACUUACCAAGGAGUAUGUGCUCACGGCUGCGCAUUGUGUGAGGAAACUGAAACGUUCGAAGAUCCGCGUGAUCCUCGGCGACCACGACCAGACGAUCACGACGGAGAGCGCCGCCAUCAUGCGUGCCGUCACCUCCAUCGUGCGCCACCGGAGCUUCGAUGCGGAUUCCUACAACAACGACAUAGCGCUGCUCAAGCUUCGCAAGCCGGUCACUUUCUCCAAGAUCGUCAAACCCAUCUGUCUGCCACCAGCUAGUAUAGAUCCCUCGGGCAAAGAAGGCAUCGUGGUUGGCUGGGGUCGCACGUCAGAGGGCGGGCAGCUGCCCGCCGUGGUGCAGGAGGUGCGCGUGCCCAUUCUGUCGCUCACGCAGUGUCGCGGGAUGAAGUACCGAGCGUCCCGGAUCACUAACAACAUGUUGUGUGCCGGUCGAGCGUCUACCGAUUCCUGCCAGGGCGACAGUGGUGGGCCUCUGCUUUUACAAAAGGGAGACAAAUUCCAGAUUGUCGGUAUAGUGUCGUGGGGAGUUGGUUGCGGACGACCGGGGUAUCCAGGAGUCUAUACGAGAGUCACUCGCUUCCUGCCCUGGCUUCGAGCCAACCUACGGGAUUCCUGUCUCUGUGGCAACUGAUUUGUAGAUCUACCACUUAUCUCGGGUCGUUGGUAAUGAGGCGCGGU